CAUUCACGUUCAGUGAAGGACAAAGAGAUGAGAGCGCAGCCUGUGUGGCUGUCUGCAACACUGUUAGAGGGAGAAGCGAGAAUGACCGAAGAAAGAAAGAAAACGUUCCGGCGGACAGAGGUUCCUGUUGCAGCUGUUGCAGUCACUAGCCAACAAAGACCUUAUUAACGGGACAAAAGGCUAAAAAGAAAAGCUGCCACAAUUCACUACCUCAAAACAAAAAAGGAUACCCUAUGAAAUACAGGGAAGAGAAGAGAGAUUUCUUUCCUUCUGUUGUGAUGCUGAUUCUGCCAAAAUAAAAAGCUCAUCACUGAAGCUUUCCAUUUCAUCAGUGAGAGAAAGAGAGCGCUCUCCAGCAAUCUCUCCUUCACCAGUCGCUUCCCCCCCUCCCCUUGGAGCAAUCAACGGAUUAUUGCUAACUGUGCGGGAGGCAGCCUGCAGCUGCUGCGUCUACUGGUGGAGAACUGGCUAGUUAAGCUACUGACUGCAAUGUGCUGUUCAUAGCUGAUUUUAAAUCAGCCGAUCUUGGCAGAGGGUGAAACAGACUAGAGAGCGUGGAUACACUGAGAAAGAAAGAUCGACUGCAGCAGCAAAAAGGUGGGGAAUAAACAACAAAAAAAAUCUACAUAAUUCGCAUUGCCUGGAUUCUACACGAGCGAUGGAGCUUGCUCAACAGCUUUCUCAACUCAGAGGACAAACACCACGACUGUUGAUGGCGCCACUCUCUGGGGUAGAGGGGAUGCAUGCACCUGCAUAGCCGAUUGGGCCUCACCUCUGUUGGUCCUUUCUACUGUUUGGAUUUACUAGGAGCCAUUUUGUGAUUUUUUUUUAAAUUUAAGGAUGAUGAAGGAAAAAUAGCACUAGUAUCUAGUGCAAGAAAAAAAAGGAACUGCACUCUUGUAGAGGUAGGUGUGACAGGCCGUCCUCACUGCAUCUUUCUUUUCCCCCACCCCGUUCCCCUCCCUCUCUCAUUGUCGAUGGCUAAAGGCACUGGUUGCCUGCUGUGCCGGGGUAGAGCCGAUUUUCAAAUCAGUGCCGAACCCAGACUAUGGUGAAUUAUGAAUGUGCCACAUCAUGAAUCUCUUGUGGCAGGUAACUGUGCAUCACACCUGGAAUGCUGCCCUGGUUCUUCUCGUCUACCUCACGGUACGGAUGUGGAGUGUGUGCGAAGCGUCAAACAGAGAACAGAGUUGUCCAGUUAUCUGCUCCUGCAGUAAUCACUUCAGCAAAGUCGUCUGUACUCGCCGUGGUCUCAAAGAGGUCCCUCAAGGGAUCCCUUCUAAUACCCGGUACCUCAACCUUAUGGAGAACAAUAUCCAGCUCAUUAAGGCAGACACAUUCCGACACCUGUACCACAUGGAGGUCUUGCAACUCGGCCGGAAUUCGAUCCGGCAAAUAGAGGUUGGUGCAUUUAAUGGAUUGACUAGCCUUAACACACUGGAGUUAUUUGAGAACAGGCUGACUGUGAUACCAAGUGGCGCAUUUGAGUCCUUUUCAAAGCUGCGUGAAUUGUGGCUCAGGAACAACCCCAUUGAAAGCAUUCCAUCAUACGCUUUUAACAGGGUGCCAUCACUGCUGCGUCUGGAUUUGGGAGAGCUUAGAAAAUUAGAGUACAUCCUGGAUGGUGCUUUUGAGGGCUUAAUUAACUUAAAAUACCUUAACCUAGGGAUGUGUAAUCUGAGGGAUAUGCCUAAUCUCUCACCACUGGUGAGGCUGGAGGAAUUGGAAAUGUCUAGCAACCACUUCCCAGCAAUUAAACCAGGAUCAUUUCAGGGGCUAAAGUCACUAAAAAAGCUCUGGCUUAUGAACUCGCAAGUAAAUCUGAUUGAACGAAAUGCUUUUGAUGACCUCACUGCAUUGGUGGAGCUAAAUCUGGCCCAUAACAACCUUACUUCGCUGCCACAUGAUCUGUUUGCACCACUGAAGUACCUUGUGGAGUUGCACCUACAUCAUAAUCCAUGGAAUUGUGACUGCGAUAUUCUCUGGCUUGCCUGGUGGCUGAGGGAGUACAUCCCCACAAACUCUACUUGCUGUGGCCGGUGCCAUUCCCCAGCUCACAUGAGGGGGAAAUACUUGACCGAAGUAGACAAGGCCACUUUACAGUGCUCAAGGCCAGUCAUUGUGGAACCGCCACAAAACCUAAACAUCUCUGAAGGGAGAACGGCCAAAUUGAAAUGUCGAACAUCUUCCAUGUCAUCCGUCAGGUGGUUAUUGCCGAACAACACGGUAUUGAGUCAUGGAUCGACACAUCCGCGUAUAUCAGUAUUUAACAAUGGAACCCUAUACUUCAUGCAUGUUUUAAUAACAGAUGCUGGUACCUAUAAAUGUAUGGUCACCAAUGUGGAAGGAAAGGCUGAUGCAUCAGCCUUCCUGAGAGUAAGCAUGGCAGAGAUCAACACAUCAAAUUACACUUACUUUUCAACAGUUACCGUGGAAACGACGCCGGACAACGUUAGGACUAAAGUACCACCGUUUCUGUCGACCCCACCCACUUACAAGCCAGCAUUCAUCUCCACUCCCACAGUGCUGUUACAGAGUGCGAGAAAUCCAAAAACGGUGCCAGUGAUCCCCACGCUGGCCACCAUGGACACGACCCGCACCAGCCUAGAUGAGGUUAUGAAAACCACGAAAAUCAUCAUCGGCUGUUUCGUGGCGGUGACGCUGCUGGCAGCUGCCAUGCUUAUAGUGUUUUACAAACUUCGCAAACGACAUCAACAACGGAGCACGGUGGCGGCAGCCAGGACUAUAGAGAUCAUUAAUGUGGGCGAGGACAUCACACCAUCAGAAGGAGCAGUCGUAGUGCCCUCAGUUCACGACCACAUGAACUACAGCACGUACAAACCAGCACACGGGGCUCACUGGACAGAGAACAGCCUGGGUAACUCGCUCCACACUACAAUACCUGAGCCCUUUAUUAUACAAACACAUACCAAGGAGAAGGUUCAGGAGACUCAGAUCUGACUUCUGUGAUAUUAUAUAAAUGCAAUAGAAUGCACAAGUCAGAAUUUUGUAAAAAGUGCAAAACUCAGACUGUUUUCUUGUAUAUGCUUAUAUCAAAGCAACCAUGGCUGAUUUAAAAAAAUGAUUUUAUAUAUAUAUAUAUAUGUGUGUGUGUAUAUAUAUAUAUAUAUAUAUAUAUAUAAAAAUAAAAUAAACUAUUUUCUAACCUGUAACUUAUGUUUAAGAAGAGACUAAGCAAGAUGCUUUCAUGAUUUGGGGAAAAGAAAUGGGGCCGAACCAAUUUAAAAGGGCAUUCUGUAAUUUUUAAAGCCAAUGCUAUGAGGAUGCAGUAAAACAUAUUUAUAUGGAAAUUCUUUCUAAGCCCAAUACCAGACUUUACAGGUUUAUCUUGUAAAAGCACCAAUUUGUACUGUGCCAAAUGUUAAAAAGGCAAUAAAAAAGGGAUUUUUUUUUGAGAAGCGUUCAUUUAAUUUGUAAUGGAAGAAAAAUCACCAGACAACCUUUGUAUCCAGGUGAAACCAGCGAUGGUUCGUUCCACUACAAGACAACCCUAUGUAUCUGUACAAACACACACUUCUGCAUCCAGCGUUACUGUGAAUUCUAUAAAAUGGUGGAAUUGCGGAUGAGUCUGCUAAUUACUGUAAGACACAAUUGUGCUUUUAGAUGCAAAUUGUGUACGCGCGCGUGGUGUGUGUGUAUAGAUAGAUAGAUAUAUAUAUGGGAAGAAUACAGGGGAGCAUUAGUUGAUCUGAAAGGCAGUGUGGAACUUUUCAGAAACCACUGCUGACACAGGAUUCUGAAAAUAUCUGCAGUAAACCCAAAGUAAGGGAAUAAGGAGGGGGAGAAUCUGGGCGUAAUAUGAAGCAGUAACCCUUUCACAACUUCAACAAGAAUAGAAUGCAUUUGUCAAGGCUACAAUGAUUUAUAAAACAUUACGUAAUGUUGGCUGUUUCUCAAACCCUGCAUUCUACUUUUCACCAUAAGUACUUUGUUUUAUUGUUGGCAGAUUCCAGCUGCAGUAUGUUCAAUUGCACAUUGUGAAGGACAUUUAGCAUUGAAAAGGUUAAC